AUGGUUAAUCCUCUUGCUGAUUACUAUGGAAUUAAUAUCUUGACUAUCUUAUUAUUAUCAUUUACCUUCUUUGGAUGCAGUCAUACCUCUAACAAUCAUGCUUAUCUUUUGAUAAGUGAUAAGCCUUGGAAUCUACCAUUAGUAGAGAGAUUACUUCGAGAGUUAGGGAAGAUAUUCGAUGAUGAUGACAAUACCAAGAUCGACUAUUGUGCUGAUUUGAAUGAUAAAUCUAUUAUAGCUGGUAUGGAUUCAACAGGUUUAGCCAAUAUACGUUGGGGUAUUGGUGAAGAUGUUAUGAAAUGUUUGAAUACUCUUACUAUUACCAGACAUGACGCAUUAUUCACUUUACAUAAUCUACGUUAUGGUGUAGCUGAGGGAUAUUCCUUUACAUCAAUUGCUAAGGAUGCUACCAAGUCUGAGGAAUCUAAUAAAUGUGGAUUUGGUAUAUAUGAUGUUAAAGUAGAUCUUGUUAAAUUCCUCGAUAAUAAGAUAUAUCAAUUUACUGAUAAACUUGAUAAAGAAGUCAGCUCAGAAGAACGUGAAGCAUUCUUAGAAGAUACCAUACCAUCACUUAAGUUCCAUAGUGAGAUUAUGGAUGAAUUCAACAAGCUUAAUGAUGCCCAUACUCUAUAUAUAAGCCCCUAUGAUAUGUUUAUCUAUACCUUACCUAUCUGUUUUGAUACAGACCUUGCGGAAGGAGGAGGUGGUGGUAAUGAUCGACAAGUUAUAUUAUUAUGUAACCUACAUAUGGAGGUUAUGUAUAUGGAAUUAUUGGGUCAUGGUACUACUGAGAUGGCUUCAUCUGGGGAUGAGAUUAUCGAGAUAGAUGAUUCUAAUCAAAGAAUAAAUCAAGCAUUCUUUGUUGGUGAUUCUAUUCAAAUACCAUUAUCAUAUCGUAGCCCACCUAAAAAGCAUUCAAUCGAUAUAACCUUUAGUAAUGACUAUACACCUGCAUUAAAGGAAGAUGCACAUGGAGGGAGUGGUCUUACACGACGUACAUAUAAUGCAUUGGUUAACUUGAAUGAGAAGUUUGAUUAUAUAAUCCUGAGGAUAUAUGUCAACCACAAUCUAAACAUAUGA